CCGUUGGUCGGUCGGACGCACGCUCGUUGCCUCCCUUCGGUCGGUGCGGUGCGUGUGCUUCACUGCUUCACGAGUGAAAACGAGAAAAGCUACGAGGACGCUCUUGUGGCGUCCUGGUCUACGCAGCCACCACAAACUGUUACAGCAGAUACGGAAGGUGGGGAUUCACCGGCGCAGGAAACGAGGAGCGUACGUGCACGAUGCCAGCCAGGACCACGUCAAAGGAUAGAACGCAGCCAGAAGCGAGAGGAACGUCAUCGGCCCGAUACUCGAAGCAGGAAAAUCACCGUUCCAUUUUACACUUUUAUACGAAACGAGCUACUACAACGACCAACGUUUCCGCGUUGUUCCGGCCUGACGGUGUCUUUUGAUUCGGUGCCCGAAAAUAGCAACGCACACCGAGAGAUAGAGAGGAGAGUGGUGAAUGGUCGACUAAAAGCGAGCGUUGGCAACGGAACGAAACAUCGGGACGACGUCGAGAAACCGUGCCGCUUCAUUCGUCGACGUCGGCAUCGGCGAAUCAACGUCCAACGUGGUGAACGACGAUACGGAUUCGAGCCUCGUACGAGCCCCUUCCCCCCUCCCCACCCCCGUUACCUCGUACUGUGCGCGUGACGAACGACGCCUCGAAAUGGAUGGAGAAAAGUACGGUUCGAAUCUUAAUCGGCUUGUAAAUAGUCUAUCGUAAUUCCUCUCGCGUGGACCCGAGAUAUCCAUCUAAGUGGCGUUAUCCCCAGUUGCCUCGUUUCUUAGCGUACGCAAACUUUCUUCCCUCUCACGAACGAAAACCGGAUCACGGAGGAAACGGUGUCCAAUACGGGAGGAUAUAGAGUCGUGCGAUAUUUCGAUUGAAAAUAUAUAUAUAUAUAUACAGAGAGAGAGAGAGAGAGAAGAAAAAGGAUAAAAAGAAGACGUCGAGAGAGGAGCCUAAUGUUUCUCAACGACAUGGGGCUGUUAAUGUUCUUAGCACUAACGGCCUCCCUCCUCUUGGGUUAUUGCCAAACGGAUGAAAAAGUGUCAUUUUACGGAGCGAGCUACAUUCAUCUUCCGGUGCAAGAAGCUAAGGGUGCGACUGACAUCAGCUUCCGGUUCCGAACUCAUCUCGCGGACGCUAUGCUGCUACUGGCCGUUGGCAGGACGGAUUACUGCCUGAUCAAACUCGAAACCGGCAAAUUGAAGGUCCAUAUCAAUUUAGGGGCGGGUGAAAGCGAGAUGUCCAGUGCUCGUGGAUUGACAUUGAACGACCUGAGCUGGCACGAGGUCAAUCUGACAAGGCGAGAGGCUAACAUUACCCUACAAAUUGACGUGAUACACACGACCAAAUCCCUUCUACCAGGACGUUUCUUUGAACUGAAUAUACACUAUGGCGUCUUCAUCGGGGGACAGGGUGAUUUUAACGAGCUAUUUCUAGGACACACGGAUUACUUGCGAGGCUGUAUGGCUGACAUAAUCUACAAUGGCGCCAGGGUAAUAGAAUACGCCAAGUCGAGGAAAGGCCAGUCGGAGGCCACCGCCGUUACGUGGAGCUGUUCACCGGAAUUCGACGCUACGAGGAGCACGGAAGUUAGUUUCGUGGAGGAUGGUGCGUUCACAGCGAUCCCAAGACCCAUUCCACGCUCGGGCUCCAAGUACGUAGUAACCAAAAGGGUCUUUUCAUCGUGUAAAUUAUACUCGAACGCGCACUUUAGUAGAGAGUCUCGAAUAUCCCUCGUUCGAGAAUAUAUCUUUCCACAUAUUUCCCUAACUAAUCAAAUUAAUUCGUAUUCAAACUAAGCUCCCCGAUAACGAAAACAUAUCCAUUUAAUUACUCGUCGUGUCUAUUUCCCGCUUUCGAAAUAUCACGGGUUCGCGCAAACCGAUUUCGCUUACACAAGCAUUAGUCCCGAUGAAAUAUACGCGCCUGUACACGUGGCCUGUCUAUAUAUACGUAUACGUAUUUUCCAAUCGUAUAGGAAAUGCCUAACGACCUAACGAAAUUACAGCGAAACGAACCUCGCGUCUCUCUGACACUUCGUCAACCGAACAGCUGUUAUUAGCGGUUUCAGAAAUUGUCGAUAGACGGCCAAACCGCUAUGGAUAUAAACUAACGACAAUAUUUGAUGCGUGUCCCGUUUAAAGCGGCGGGAUAAAUAUGAAAUUUAGUUUCCAAGUCAAUUUUAGCGCCAGUUUGCGAAUAGUCGAGCGCGCGUUUAUCAAAACUAAACGGUGACUACAAGUUGGCGCUCGUGUGUACCGUGCCAAGCGUUGGUAAAGCGUUAAUAAUCGAAUAAACAAUUUUCGUAAAGUAAAAACGAGAUAGCGACACGACGGCAAGGUUAAUUUGAUUCCCUUUCGAUUUAAAUUGGGUCAUGCUCGAGCCGGUUUGUUUAAAUUUAGAAUAUGAUAUUUAUCAAGAUGCUUCGCAACGAGACGUUGGAAGGAUAACGGCCAAUAUCGAAAAUGGAUAUUUUUUUUUUUUUUUAUCGAACGUAUCUCCGAUGAAUUUCUUCCUUGAAAAAUACCGGUAAAGUUUUUAACCGUCCCUGUGAAAACCUUUGACGAAUGUCUGUACUACUUUUUAACGGUGAAAACCCACGGGGACGUUGGCAAAGCAUCUUGGAAAGCUCCAAACAAAAACCGCAAUCACGUUACAACGAGGGCAUCGUUACUAGUUAGAACGAUGUCUGCUCGUAUCCUCUAGGAAAACACUUUGAUCCCACUUUUCAGAAUAACAAAGACUUUUGGGAACAAGAGGUUUGAUUGGUUCGACGAAUCGCAAUAGUAAAUCUCUUAUUCUCUUUCUCUCGUUUUUCUUUCUCCCUCUAUCUCUACCUCUUCGGCUAAAUGAAAAACGAUGUUUGUGAAAUUAAUACCACUGUGAGAAUUG